AUGAACUUUGGUAGUCUCUUCGACAAUACAACCGGUGGUGUCCCCACUGGUUUAACUUAUGGCAACCACACCACCGCAAUACCCGGCGGUGCUAUGUCGACCCUCUUCUCUCCUCCUAUCAAUACCAAAUCUGUCUACUCCUCUUCUAACCUCUCUCUAGCCCUCGAGCAACCGGAGAUGAGGAACAAUAACGGAGCUGGAGGAGGCGAUGUUUUCGAUGGGAGUGGUAAUAAUAACAAGAGAAGCCGAGAGGAAGAGUAUGAGAGCAGAUCUGGGAGUGAUAACGUCGAAGGUAUCUCCGGUGAAGAUCAAGACGCCGCCGACGAUAAUAAACCUCCAAAGAAAAAACGUUACCACCGACACACUCCUCAACAAAUCCAAGAACUCGAAUCCAUGUUCAAAGAGUGUCCACAUCCAGACGAGAAGCAACGGCUUGAAUUGAGUAAGAGACUUUGCUUGGAGACAAGACAAGUCAAGUUCUGGUUCCAGAAUCGUCGCACUCAGAUGAAGACUCAAAUAGAGAGGCACGAGAACGCGUUGUUGAGACAAGAGAACGAUAAGCUAAGAGCUGAGAACAUGUCUAUACGCGAAGCAAUGAGGAAUCCAACUUGCAACAUUUGUGGUGGACCAGCCAUGCUCGGAGAUGUCUCUAUCGAAGAACACCAUCUCCGCAUCGAAAACGCUCGCUUGAAAGACGAGUUAGAUCGCGUUUGUAAUCUCACCGGUAAAUUCCUCGGCCACCACCACAACAAUCAUCACACAUCCUCUCUAGAGCUCGCUGUUGGCAACAACAACGGAGUAAACUUCGCUUUCCCUCCUGAUUACGGCUUACAUCAGGGGACGGUGAUUAAUGGGAUUGAUCAGAGAUCAGUGUUGUUGGAGAUGGCUUUAACAGCUAUGGAUGAGCUAGUGAAGCUAGCUCAGAGUGAUGAACCGUUAUGGGUUAAGAGUUUAGAUGGAGAGAGAGAUGAGCUUAACCAUGAGGAGUACAUGAGAACAUUCUCGUCUAAUAAACCAAACGGUUUAGUUACUGAAGCUUCUAGAACGUCCGGUAUGGUUAUCAUCAAUAGCUUAGCUCUCGUCGAGACGUUAAUGGACUCAGAUCGGUGGACGGAGAUGUUUCCGUGUAAUGUAGCAAGAUGCACAACCACUGAUGUUAUUUCCGGCGGAAUGGCCGGAACAAGGAACGGUGCACUUCAACUGAUGAAUGCGGAGCUACAAGUUUUGUCUCCGUUGGUUCCGGUUCGCAACGUUAAUUUCCUACGGUUCUGCAAACAGCAUGCGGAAGGCGUGUGGGCAGUGGUGGACGUUUCUAUUGAUACAGUGCGUGAAAAUUCCGGUACGGUUAUAAUCAGGCGAUUACCAUCAGGCUGCGUAGUGCAAGAUAUGUCUAAUGGAUACUCAAAGGUCACGUGGGUUGAGCAUGCAGAAUACGACGAGAACCAAAUCCACCACUUGUACCGGCCACUGAUUCGGUCGGGUCUUGGUUUUGGCUCUCAAAGAUGGGUCGCUACACUUCAGAGACAGUGCGAGGGUCUUGCCAUCCUCAUGUCCUCCUCCGUUACAUCUCACGACGACACAUCUAUAUCGCCUGGUGGUCGGAAAAGCAUGCUGAAGUUAGCUCAACGCAUGACUGUCAACUUCUGCUCGGGCAUCUCUGCGCCCUCUGUCCACAAUUGGAGCAAGCUCACUGUCGGAAACGUAGAUCCGGACGUUCGAAUUAUGACCCGUAAGAGUGUGGAUGAUCCGAGUGAGGCUCCGGGUAUUGUUCUCAGUGCUGCCACGUCUGUGUGGCUUCCAGCUUCGCCACAACGUCUGUUUGACUUCUUGAGGAACGAAAGGAUGAGAUGCGAAUGGGAUAUUCUAUCUAAUGGUGGUACCAUGCAGGAGAUGGCCCACAUUGCCAAAGGUCAAGAUCAAGGCAACUCCGUUUCUCUGCUACGCUCCAACCCAAUGAACACGAAUCAGAGCAGUAUGCUAAUUCUUCAGGAAACAUGCAUAGACGCAUCUGGAGCGCUCGUAGUGUACGCGCCUGUUGAUAUUCCAGCCAUGCAUGUUGUCAUGAACGGUGGAGAUUCAUCCUACGUGGCUCUCCUUCCUUCGGGUUUCGCUAUUCUUCCUGACGGAGGCUUUGAAGGUGGCUCCGGAGACGGUGAGCAGCGUCCGGUCGGUGGUGGGUCACUCUUGACGGUGGCGUUUCAAAUCCUUGUAAACAACCUCCCAACCGCAAAACUCACGGUUGAGUCAGUGGAGACGGUCAAUAAUCUUAUAUCAUGCACCGUUCAGAAGAUUCGAGCCGCUCUUCAGUGUCGAAGCUAAGCCGCAAGAAGGCGCGUGUGCUUUUGUUGUCUAUUGAAUAUGUGAAUUUUAACUAUAUGUGUCGUGUACUUUGGUCUUUUGGUUAAAGUUUGGGAGGGGGGUGUCGAGUCAAGAACGAACCGCGCAGGUAGCGAAAUCCAACUCCUUUUGUCACCGUGUUGGGACAACGUGGGGUUUUGUCUGAUCACGGUGGAGUAGUUGGUGGUUCGGGUAUUGACUAGGAUUGGAAACCCCUUUUUAUCCCUUUGUUUUGUUAUUUUGUAUUGUAGUGAGAGUGAGCCACAAGCGUCGUCAAGCGCGUGUGUUGUGGUUUACUAACGCGGACUGAGCUCUGAGGUAAUAAUAGUAUGUGGUUGGACUUUGGAUGGAUCUGGUCCGUUUAAUGUCUCGUGGUGUGUAUUAAAUAUGUAUGCAGGCAGUAUUCAUUUAAUGCUAUGUUUUUUCUUUCUCUGUCCGUGGCUCCUUCCUUUGCAUGAUGGGAGUUUACGUAUUCCGUCAUUUUCUG